AUGGCACCCUUUGAGAGCAACGCAGCUCGAAGAACAGUGCUGGCCAUCACGCGAUGGGUGGGCUCGCCUAUCGCAUCGCUGUCCUACGUACUUUGGAACAUCAAGGUCUCCGCCAAAGCUGCCUUGAUGGUCGACAUGGCUGUUAAAUACGACGACAAGACGCCCGAAUACGAGGAGCUCGAUUUCUUUAUUUCCAUCUUGUGGUUCUUGUUUGCUUUCGCACUUUCCAUCCAGGAUGCUUUUAGUGAACUAGGAGCCAAUACCACUGCUCACGAUCUAGCGUUGGGCUGUCUGCUGGCUUGGUUCCCCGUCCUCAUCAUGAGCUCUAUCGUAGACCGCAACCCAAUCGCAGCAGAAGCGAUCCGCAAGAAACUGAACACCUUGGUCGACCACGUUCGCAUUUCUUUACGUGACCCGCCGAAUCGUAGGGAGUACCUUAAACUCUACCAAGGAGAGGAAAACUACCCUGAUUUGGAAGACAGGAUCGAGAAUGUAGCGAAGAAAGAACGGUGCAUGGACGAAUUUUUUGUGGAUUUCGCUGGUCAAGCACGCGUUAGGUGGCAUUAUGGUGCCGCACAUGCCAUUUUGUGUGACAUCGAGGAUUGCUAUAUUCAAAAGAAGGGCCGUGACUGGCUGGCAAUCGAACACGAAGCACGAGCCUAUCUGGUAUUGGGUGCCGUCAACGACGAGGGUUUGGUUUGGUUCGAUUUCCGAGAGUUCUGGCAAAUCUUCAGUGCUAUCGUCAUCGUCGGUGGAAGUUGCGGAGGCGCAUUUAUCUUGAGCUACUUCACGCCCACUAUCGGUCUCGGUUGUCGUAGCGGAGGGUACACCAUAUUCUUCAGCGUCGCAACGGGCCUGCUUAUCGUCGAAAUGGCCGUCUGGAUUAACUGGGCGGGUGGUGGUGGCUACCUUGAUUUCAGUCAACAAUUCACGUCGAACGGCUACGGUAUUACCUUGACCUGGGUAUCGGGUACCUCAUUGACCGCGUCAGUCAUGGGUCUAUCUAUGUUCUAUAUCACGGUAGAAUGGUGUCAGCAGUCUCACCUCUCAACCGAAGACUACGACGACGCCAUGGAAGGUUUACGAUUGACCCGCAAAUAUCGAUUGCGGACAAUGCACGCUCGCCGCAUAUCCCGUGCCACAUUGGCUCAACUAGGAAAACUCGGUUUCGCUAUCGGUAAACUGAUUAACGUGGUCGGUGCCGAUAAAAAGCCACGGAAAACGCUCAUGUGGACCUGGGAUACCACAAAGAAACCAGUCCUCUCUCGCGCAGAUUCUGCAUAUGCAAGAAACAAUAGCUAUAGGCACCCCACAUUCCCGUUCGAGCGGACGCGCAACAUCGCUGGAACGCAUAAUGCUGUGCUCGAUACAUCCGCUACAGCACACUCCUCAUCCUCGCCAGCAAUCACACCACGUGGAAUACACAACGAAAGCAACGCCCCGGUCGUACCACUCAGCGUGCCCAGUGGUUCGCGUAUAAGUGAUGACUCUUCGACACCUUUUAUCCCGACGGCAUUACAAGAGCACCAGCAACAUGAAGUAGAGGACCCAAUGAGCAACGAGGAGCAUAGCAAUGAGGAGCAUAGCAACGAGGAGCAUAGCAACGAGGAGCAUAGCAACGAGGAGCAUAGCAACGAGGAGACUCCUUUCUUCGAGCAAGGACGCAUGCGCACCAGUACACGAACUUGGCUCAAUCCGCCGAAUCCGCUGCAAAACCGACGAGGGUAUCGUCGCGCAAAAUCGGAUCCAGAGUUUUCGCACGAUGGUGGAGAUGUUGGAAAUGUUGAAUUAGUAGUCUCACAAGAACCACCAAACCGGAGAUAA